AUGUCCAUAUUCUUGCUAUCUCGUUAUUUGGUGGGAAAAACAGGCAUUGAUGUAAAGAAGAGUGUUGUGGUCACUCUCUCUUCUGACAAGGGUCUCUGUGGUGGAAUCAACUCCACUGCUGUUAAAGUGAGCAGGGCUCUGUACAAGUUGAAUUCUGGUCCUGAAAAGGAAGUUCAAUUUGUUGUUGUUGGAGAGAAAGCAAAGGCUAUAAUGUUUCGAGACUCAAAGAAUGACAUCGUCCUCUCGGUCUCAGUUCUGGCUGACGACAUCCUGAAAAACGUUGAAUUUGAUGCUUUGCGCAUUGUCUACAACAAGUUCCAUUCAGUUGUCGCAUUUUUACCUACUGUGUCCACUGUUUUGUCACCAGAGAUUAUUGAGAAGGAAUCUGAAGUUGGAGGAAGACUUGGUGAGCUCGACUCAUACGAGAUUGAAGGUGGUGAAACAAAGGGGAGAGAUACUGCAGAAUCUGUCGGAGUUCCAGUAAUGUUCAAUGCGGUGCUGGAGAAUGCGUGUAGUGAGAUGGGAGCAAGAAUAUCUGCCAUGGACAGCUCAAGCAGAAACGCAGGAGAAAUGCUUGACCGUCUCACCCUCACAUACAACAGGAGUCGUCAAGCUUCUAUCACGACCGAGCUUAUCGAGAUUAUCUCUGGAGCUUCUGCACUUGAAGCUGCUAAAUAA